AUUUCCUCUUCAAAUUCCUGGUGAUCGGCAGCGCCGGCACCGGCAAAUCCUGCCUGCUGCACCACUUCAUCGAGAGCAAAUUCAAGGCGGACUCCAACCACACCAUCGGGGUGGAGUUCGGCUCCCGCCUCGUGGCCGUGGGCGGCCGAUCCGUGAAGCUGCAGAUCUGGGACACGGCCGGCCAGGAGCGCUUCAGGUCGGUGACGCGCAGUUAUUACCGCGGGGCCGCGGGGGCGCUGCUCGUCUAUGACAUCACCAGGUGUGUCUGUGACGUCAUCAGUGAUGGAGGGUGUGACGUCAGCAGCUGGGUCUGUGACAUCAUCACCGGCAGUGACCGUGAUGUCACCGUGUCGGUCUGUGAUGUCAUCAAUGGGCCUGUGACGUCAUCACCAGCAGUAACCGUGAUGUCACCGGAUUCCCGAUGGAAUUGUGGGAAUUCCCGUUGGAAUGGUGGGAAUUCCCGUUGGGAAUUGUGGGAAUUCCCGUGGGAAGCAGAGCUGAUGUUCCUGGAGACGAGCGCGCUGACGGGAGAGAACGUGGAGGAGGCGUUCCUGAAAUGUGCCCGGAGCAUCCUCAACAAAAUCGACUCCGGGGAGCUGGAUCCCGAGAGGAUGGGCUCAGGGAUCCAGUACGGGGACGCUUCGCUCCGGCAGCUCCGGCAGCCCCGGGGGAACCCGGCCCCAACCAGGCAGAGCUGCGGCUGCUGA